AUGGCGGGCAAGAAGGGGGAGAACAGCAAAAAGGUGGCGGGAAACGCCCGCAAGGCCGAGGCGGCGGCGCAAAAGGCCGCCCAGGCCGACGCCAGGCAGGAGGCUGCCGACGCUGAGAAGUGGCAGAAGGGCUCCAAGAGCAACGCAAAGAAGGAAGCCGAGGAAGCGAAAAAGGCCGAGGCCGCCAGGAAGAAGGCCGAGAAGGAGGCCCUGCUGAAGGAGGAGGAGGCCAACACGCCCGGCCGCGCCGAGCCCAAGAAGUCCAAGGCCCCGGUCAAGAAGUCGCGCGGCCUGGACCUGUCGCAGCUCGACGGCGACGGGCCCUCGUCGGCGCUCAACGCCACGGGCAUCGACAACGCCCUCGACGCGCUGUCGCUGACGACGGGCGGCGGCGACGACGGCAAGGUCGACAAGCACCCGGAGAGGCGCUUCGCCGCCGCCUUUGCCAAGUACGAGGAGCGCCGGCUCGCCGAGAUGAAGGCCGACGGCAGCGGCACCGGCCUGCGCCUCGACCAGCGCAAGCAGAGGAUCCGCAAGGAGUUUGACAAGAGCCCCGAGAACCCCUUCAACCAGGUCACCGCGGCCUACAACGCGACGAGGACAGACCUCGACCAGAUCAAGGCAGGCGAGAAGGCCAAGAUUGAGAAGCGCCUUGGUCAUGCUGGGCUCAAGCAGGCGUGCCCGGAAGGCAUCUUCGUCACCAUAACCCCAGGAGACCCGACCCUGUGGUCGGCCGUGCUCUUUGUUCGCGAUGGCCCCUAUACACAAGCAGUCCUGAGGUUUCAAAUAUCGUUUCCUGAUACAUACCCAAGACUCCCGCCUCUGGUUCUCUUUUCGACGGACAUGUUUCACCCGCUUAUUACUCCUCUCACCACCUACAUGUACACUACCGACAUCCAGGACAACGGAACCGUAAGUGCACGGGAUGAAGAGCGUCUCCCUCCCGGCGGCUUCAGCCUUCGUCACGGAUUUCCACAGUGGUUCGGUCGGGGCAGACGCGCGGCAUCCAGCACCCGGAAGGUCAGUGGCGAGCUGCCCCGGAGCCCGGUCUCGGAGCCAGGCAGCAAGCCACCGUCAACUGUUUGCUCGCCCGAGUCUGAGGGCAACGGACGUGCAAGCUAUAUGCGGCAGCCCAAGCAAAACAUCUCCGUCUAUCACAUUCUCAAGUACAUCCGAGGUGCAUUUGAUGACGAGACGGUGCUGGACUCGGUGCCUCUCGAGGCGGCGGGAAACCCAGGGGCGUGGCACGCUUGGCGGACGCAUCGACGCAGGCUGGGCAAGCUACCACAGGAGGCCGCCUCUGCAACAGAAGGCGAGAGAGGAGUGGCACUCGACGCCGGGGCGCCGCCCAGCGAGGGCGCUCACUCAGCGGCCAGGCGACCCGGGGAAUGGAACUGGGAGGGAGUCUGGGAGGACCGCGUGAAGAAGGGAAUCGCCGCGAGCCUCUCAGAGCCAGUCCUGUACGGUGGCUCUGGCGCUCCCGAUGAGCUGAUUCACUUCCUCCCGAUGGAGGAACAAGACGUCGAGUCAAUCAAGGACAACGUGCGCCGCACCCUUGGGACAGCGCCCUGA